CUGGGCGAUGCGCCUCCAGGAGAGCCUCUCUACCUUUCUGCGGCGGAUUUGACAUUCACAUCGCAGCCUGCGUCCUCGCAUUUAGAUGACAUUCAGUUUGUCGCCCUCAUCAGUCAUUUCUUCAGCUCACCCUAAUUUUUAGAGAAAACUAUUGACAGGACAACGUUUUCGGCUGCAUAUCUGAAAACUGACCACUCGCAACAGGCGUUUUUCCCUCCCUCUCUCUCUUGAACGAUCCCCUGUGGGAAGAUUUUGCUUCAGCUAAUAACUUCAUUGAAGAUGUUACGGGAAACGGCGGACAAACUCGCGUGAUUCUGGUAAUUUGUGUCCUCGGUUUGUGUGUGUCGGAGGCUCAAAAAGCAUCUUCAGGGAGCAGAGGAGGCUGUUUGACUGUCUACAGGCUGUUCAAAGGCGUGCAGGAGUAACCGGCAGCCAUGCUCUCGUUGGACGAGCCACUGGACUUGAAGCUUCCUUCAGGACGGACAGAUGGUCCAGUGAGAUCAGGAAAGAGGGCUUGUCCCCCCUUUAUCUGCGCCCCUCUGAGCGCCACACGACCACGCCUGCUCUGUACAACCUUCCCUUCACCACCCUCCUCCCCAGAUUCCCAGUCUCCCUCUCAAGAACGACCCGGGUCCUGCUUCAGUCCUCCACCCAUGGACCUCAGCCUGUCACCCUCCUCCCGCCAUGCCUCCUCCCUCUCCCCGUCUCCUUCCUCCCCCUCCUCCCUCUCCCCUUCCUCUCCCCUGGAGUCCCCCCACAGCAGCAGCAGCCCUCAGCCACAUCUCUUCUCACGGGAACCAGCUCGACAUCGAGGUGUGGAAGGCGCAGCUUCACCACAGGGGUAUCCCUUCUAUCUGCCGAUUGGAAGUCCGCCAAGGGCGUACAGCUUUCCCUCCUCCAUGUUCAUUGGUCAGAACAGAGAGAAGCAAGUUUCACCAGAGCCCUCAUUGGACGGUCAGCUGGCCUGCCGUUGGAUGAAGUGCCACCUGCUGUUCGACUCGCUGCAGGACUUGGUGGAUCACAUCAACGACUUCCACGUCAAGCCUGAGAAGGAUUCUGGUUACUGCUGCCAGUGGGAGGGCUGUGCUCGAAACGGGAGAGGUUUCAAUGCCAGGUAUAAAAUGCUGAUUCAUAUCCGAACACACACCAAUGAGAAACCACACCACUGUCCCACCUGUAACAAGAGCUUCUCACGUCUGGAGAACCUGAAGAUACACACCCGCUCACACACAGGAGAAAAACCCUACAUCUGCCCUUACGAAGGCUGCAGCAAACGUUACUCCAACUCUAGCGACCGCUUCAAACACACCCGCACCCACUACGUCGACAAGCCUUACUACUGCAAGAUGGCGGGCUGCCUGAAGCGCUACACAGAUCCCAGCUCGCUGCGUAAGCACAUCAAGGCACACGGGCACUUUGUUGCCCAAGAUCAGGGUGCUCCGAACAGGCUGGGAACGGGUCUGGGCCUCCCUGGGCACCAGAGCACAGCUGAACUGCCAUCUGUAGGCGGCGCCCACAUCAUCAUCCCCGGGGCUGCUGCAGCUCUUCUCGGAGGCCUGGGAACCUCUUUGCCUCUGUCUGCGUUCUGCCAUGCCAGAGCGCUGGGCCACCAUGGGGCGCCGCUCUUCUCCGUGGGCGGAGGAGGAGGCAGCACCAUAGGGCCGCUCGGCCUCUCGGACUCUCCCCUGUUACACUUUGGACUUUCAGCUGCGUCGAUGUUAGGCCUGAGAGCACUGAGAGGUCUGGGACAGAUGGCAGGGAAGGAGACUGAAGGCGAAGAGGAAGAGGAGGAGGGAGAGGAGGGGGAAGUUCUGAACCUCUCUGCAGGGGUGGGGCCCAGACGAGGUGACCCUUUGUCCUGGGUGGUUGUUCCUCCGAGGGCACUCCUGCUCAAACCAGCUGUCGUCAGCUAGGAUGUGCACUCAGCAAUGCAUAGAACCAGGGAGUGUGUUUUUCUGUGUCCAUGUUUGCAUGUAUGUGUGUGUGUGGGUGUGUGUGUGUGUGCUCACAGACAUACAUGCAUGACUAUGAUGAUUGUGUGUGUGCAUGUGAGGGAUCAAAGGGUCACUAUCACCUCCAGAGCCAUUACAAGCACUUCAGUCAUUCCAGCCCAGAAACAACUCAAGACAGUUUUUGCGUUGAUGUACAAAACCUAAACGACCUUCAGGUGUUGGGUUGCAAAAGGUCAUUAGCUGCCUUGAACAUUAAAGUGUCAAUUCACCCAAAUUACAAAAAAAAAGCAUUCUUGCCAUGGAAAUCCAUUUUUAUCUGCUGCCAUUUUGAGAUAUCCUUCUUAGAUUUCUGCUAAAAACAGCGCUAAAAAUAGGACAUUUUGAUAUUUCAUUCAACAGUGAAAUUCAACUUAGAUCCACAGAGUCCAUUAUUUUUAAUUUAUGACAAAGUCCAGUACCUGCAGGAAAAAGGUAAAUUAAAUUAAUGUUAAUAAUAAAGUGUUAGCCUGAUAACAUGCUAAAUUAACAUCCCAUUAGCAUGCUUUUUGUUCAAAGCACUGUGCCUGCAGUCAGAGCUGCUAGUGUGGCUGUAGGCUCAUAGUCUUGAAUUCCAUACAUGGCUGUGGCAGAUGUUUUAGAAGUGGAUAUCUCAAAACCUCUGAACAAAAAAACAUCUACCUGCAUGGCUUGAUGUGUAACUUCGAUGAACUAACCCUUUAAUAUCCCUUGAUUCACCAACCAUUCAUGGUCAAAAAACACUUUACAGAGGACAAUCACCUAUAUUAGAGUUACUAAACCAGGUCAUGAAAAGAGCAGGUACACUAACCACUUUGUAGUUUUUAAGUUUGACAAUCCCCAGUGACCCAUUUUCUUCUCAUAACUAAAAAUGGGGAAAAGCAUGAUUAUGGGGAGCAAUAAGAAAUACAGUCCAUACACAAUAAUUUAAUGGAUCAUUAAAGAUCAGCGUUGCAGACUCAAUUAAGAUCUACCUUUGUUGCAUCCAUCCAUAUUUUUAUCCCUCUGAAAAAUUUGUGCAAUUAAUGGGAAACAUUUGAGUCCCGUAAAAUGACACCUGGUUUUCUAAAUAAUUGGUUUUGUGAUUUUAGUACAAAUGUUUACAAAAUAUUUAUGUUUUGGAGAGAAUAAUUCUGUGUUUUUGAAACAGAUUUUACUUCAUUAUCUGGUCACAAAGUGGAUUUAAGGGGAAUUCAAACCCUACUCAAAGAAGGUUUCUGUGGAUUGAAUCUGGUGCAUUAGUUGUCAUGCAUGACACUUUACAGUAAGGGUGUGCUGUGUAUGCAGUGGGCAGCCCACAGCAUACACAGCACACAGAAUAAUUAGCUGCUCAAGGAAAACUGAACCUCCUGAGGCUUCAUGCCAUGGAUCAUCAUUUCUGACACAGUUAUCUCACUGAUUUCCAGAGAGACCGUGACUUGGUCUAGGACAUUAAAGACACUACAACGUGUGAUGAGAGAUUAUAAUCCACACAGAGCUCCAUGCUUGACCAUGUGAUUUUUCAAGUCACAAGAAGAAAGACAAAAAUUGUGUUGACGCAACUGAAUGUAAAUUUGAGGUUAUCUCCCUUGUUUGCAAUUCAUCUAGCUUGCUUUCAGUUAAUCCCUCGCUCUGUCAUUUCAAGACAAUGAUCUAGACAGGAUCAGCCCUGCCUUGUAGAUGAGACAUUGGAUUGAUGAGGACAACAUUCAAGUAGGACAAAAGUGUGUAUUAGGCAAUAACGCGUACACAUUUGCUUCAGAUGAACAAUAAAACAUGAAAAAGUACACAAGAAGAAGCCAAACGAUGGUUUAAAAAACUGUCUCUCGAAUAUUUUUGAAGGGUGAAUGUUUGACAAUGGCCACAUACGGCCAGUAUCUGUGUUGAUUUAUCUUGUAUUCUUGUUUGCACAUUGAUUUAACCUAAUCAGUAUUUCAAAGGUGUCCAAGUGCCUUGUGUUUCAACCGAAAUAUAUCACACAAUAUAUGAAGAAUAUUUACACAAAUGUAAAGUGUAUAAAUGUACUUUUCAUUACAUUUUAGAAAACUGAAAUUUAAUACCAUGACAACAGAUGUGAUUUGUACAUCAGGGCCACUGCAACACUUUCCAAGGACGUCACCAGUGUUGAUGACUAUGACAAUGACUCUAUGUCAAUAAACACAAAC